AAAACCCACCUGAGCUUUACUUCCUACUCUUUGCUUCCUCUUCACAAGUUUUUGAGGAUGUGCAAGAAGUUGAAGCUUUUCAUUAGAAAGUUAUGCUUAUUCACUAGAUUCUUCUCCAAGAGGGUUGAAGAUUUUGGUGAGUUUGAGGAAGAGGGUAAUGGUGCAACAACGGUUCCCAGUGAUGUUAAAGAAGGGCAUGUGGCAGUGAUUGCGGUUAAAGGAGAGAGAGCUAAGAGGUUUGUUUUGGAGCUUCAAGAGUUGAACAAACCUGAGUUCAGGAGACUGCUCGAACAGGCGAAAGAGGAGUUCGGGUUUCAACCUAGAGGACCUCUGACCAUUCCAUGCCAGCCGGAAGAAGUACAGAAGAUUCUACAAGAAAGUAGGAACGGAUAGUCUUGAUGUUUCUCUAUGGUAGAGAAACAUGUUAUUUAAUUUGAGAUUCUUUUCUUAACUAUUCUUCUUCUCUCUCUUAUUACAGAAACAUGUUAUGACCACACCUGCAUAUAAAUUACAUUAUGCUGGUUCUAGUUCAGUUUCUUUUUCUGUUUUUCAUAAGCAGCUUGUUAUCGAGCCAUUGUUGCAGUUUCAGUGAAUGCAUUUUCUCCCUAGAUUGAGCUAUUUGUU